CACGACAUCGGUCACGUGACAUUUGCGGAAGUCAACAAAGGAGAAAUGUAACAAUAAGCAGUUCAACAGAAAUCUUCCUGUUUUCUGUUACUUUUAACCAUUUUUUUUAGAAUGGAUAUUUAAAACGCAAACCUAAACCAAACUCCGCGUCUGAUGAAGAUCAAGGUCUUUUUUUGUUUUGUUUUGUUAUUUUAGGACAGACUUUCAAAAUGCUUGACGGAUCCUUGUCAAAAGUGAACGUUGUUCUUGUAAUGACUUACGGAAGUCUGGUGUUUGUUUUACUGUUCAUCUUUGUAAAAAGACAAAUAAUGCGUAUUGCCAUAAAGUCUCGGAGAGGCCCUCACGUUCCCAUUGGCCACAAUGCUCCUAAGGAAUUGAAACAAUUAAUAGAAGCCAAACUGUGUCAGGUCCAAAAGAUCCACUUUGAGCCUCGUUUGUUGUCCCCAGCUGAUGACCGUCUAACCCAGAGGCUACAGUCUGGUUCUGAUGACUACCUGUACAGGAUGAAAGCUCUAGACGCUGUCCGGGACACUGAUUUGCCUUUCCGUGAACUGGGUGGCGCCUCCACAGCUGUUACUGGGAAAAGAUUUCGAACCUGGCUGUUGCAGCUGCGUAAUUCCCACAGCGAGCUGAGAGACAAGCAGAACUCUCCGAUUGACAGGGUGUUAGAUGGCUACAACAGAGCGCGCCAUGGGGCCGAGGCUUUUGGAGAAGCAGAGUUUAUCAAGUACCAGGAGGCUCUGACUGAGCUGGCCGCUAUCGUGAAGUCUCGCGGCGGCACGCCGAGCCAACACCACCAGUCUGCAGCCAAAGACCUGACUGCCACCACCAGCCCCUCCUCCUCCUCCUGCUGCUCCUCCACCACCCAAAACACCUACCUCACAUUUACAGGGCUGCAGUGCAACAAGAGGCCCAGACACUUUCUGGAGCUGAAGAACUUCAAAGACAACUACAACACACUGGACAGCACGCUCUGAUAUAUUUACACAUCUGAACAAAAGAAAAGGUCAAAGAUAAAUACUACUGCCUGUAAUCCUAGUGCCUCACUCACUGUCACCUGACGGUAUAAGAUUAAGCUGAAAACACACUGCCUUUAUAUAACAUGCACUGCAGAAUGCUGCACAUCUAUUGCUCGUUGCCUAAGUGUAUUAUUGCAUGAAUAAGUGCAACAUUAAAAUAAAAAUAGCUGUUAGUAAGUAGGGUUGAUUUGACCAAAAGAAAAACACCUAUUGAAAUGUUUAUGCAGCAUAGGACAAUCAGUAUUUAUUGCACAAUGUAAACACCUAUGCAGAGAUGUUCAAUUUAACCACCUGUGUGUAGAAAAUAAGAGUUAAUAGUUAUAAACUAGCGUGUGCAUUAUUUUUUUUAAUAACAAAAGAUAGCUCUGUUUAUGUCAUUAAUGUUUACUUUUGUUUACGUUCUCAUGUUUUUACUUUGAGCCAUGGAUUUAUUUCCUUUGAGCCUCAUCUUACAGCCAUAAUUCUCUUCAGGAAUUUAAUUAAGUGCCUUUUUUUAAUCAGUUAUUUCACGGAGCAGUAUUUUAGAUUAUAUAUAUAUGUGUUGGAUUAGAGGUGCAACCUCAGGGGAAGACUGUUUCUUUAGUCACACUAAGCCUGCUGAUAUCUGAGAGGCAUCAGUUUUAUUUUGUAUUUAAAGUGUUUAAUGCCUGAUUGUUAUAUUUUUUCAGUUUCCUUUGUUGUUUAUGAUUUAUGUUUCCAUGCAAAAAACAGGUCAUGAUGUUGAUUUUAAAACUAAACAUUGUAAACUUUAAAA